AUGUCUACCAAGCCCGCCCUCGUUGUUCUAGGAGCCACUGGCAAUCAAGGAGGCUCAGUCCUGUCCUAUUUUCUUUCACUGCCAUCCUCCCCCUAUGCCCUCCGCGGCGUAACCCGAGACCCAUCCUCACCCAAGGCCACUGCCCUAGCCUCCCGCGGGGUGGAGAUGGUUACUGGUAACUUCGACGACCCGUCCUCCCUCGCCGCCGCAUUCAAAGGCGCAUCAGCCAUCUUCAGCGUCACCGACUUCUGGCCCCCCUUCUUCAACCCCUCGGCGCGCGAGAAAGCCGCCGCAUCCAACAAGAGCAUCGGCGAGUACUGCCGGGACCUCGAAGUCCAGCAGAACCGAAACAUCAUCGACGCCGCCGCGAAAGUAGACACGCUUGAGCGCUUCAUCUUCUCCAGCUUGCCCAACCCAAACAAGCUGAGCGAUGGGAAGUAUAAGCACGUUUACCACUUCGAGGGCAAGGCCAUUGCCGAGGAGUACGGCCGCACCGCCCAUCCAGCCCUCUGGGCCAAGACAACUGUGUUCUAUGCUGGACUCUACUUGGAAAAUUGGUUCGGGCCUACUGGCGCUCUCCUUCGUCCUAAGCUGAACAAGGAAACGGACACCCUCGUUCUAACGCUCGGUGAUAUCCUCGCUACAGCACCGUUUCCAGUUUACUCGGCCGUGGACGACACCGGCGCCCUUGUGCAUGUCUUGCUCCGCGCCGAGCCCGGCAAGAAGGUCACUGGCGUGAACAAGUGGCUCAGUUUCCGAGACGUUGCGACGACCCUAGGUGAGGUGUUGGGCAAGAAAGUCGAAUUCGUGAACCAGGAUCCAAGCUUCGAUAUGGGUGACCCAGAGGCCGAGAAGGAGAAUAUGGAUAUGCUGGGCUUCUGUCUUGAGUUCCGGUAUGAUGGAAGCAGGAUUGAUAAGAGUGUCUUGCAGCCGAAGGAUCUGGGCGUUGUGUUGCAGCUGCAGUCUGUUAAGGCGUGGUGUGCGAAGCAGGAUUGGAGUGCUUUGUGA